AUGGCGCCCCAGGAUCUAUCGACGGUCUUGUUGUUAUGGUUACUGAUAGCUCUCAGCCUUAUUCCCAUAUCGGUUGCUGCAGAACUCAUUACUCAAUCGACAAACGCCACUCUUCCCAAUGGAAUCUCGAAUCAUGGGGACCCAAACUUGCUCUGCACAUCUACCAAAUGGAGUGACGUCGCUUUCUUUUUCAUCGGCAAUUAUGCUGCCCAUGCCGGGACAGUUGUUUCACUGCCCGGGGAGUCGACCAUGGAUUUCGUGGUAACGGUGCUACUUGCUCUUGUUUUCCCAAGCUCGGGAGCGUUGCGGGGUUUCCGUUUCAUCGGGAACAGAACCAUGACACGGGAUCCUCUGCAAAUUGCUCUGAAGGCUGGAGCUCUUUGCAUGGUCGUUCGGGCGCCCAACUGGAGCCCAAAAUCAGGCGAUUGUCUUCAUACACUAUCAUUUGUGAGCGAGGAUAUGAUAAGUACAUACACUCCUACCUUACACAAAAAAAAAGCCCUCGAUCGCCAGAACAUUCAUAUCGUCGGACUACUGACUCAGUAUAUAGGAAUAUCAAAGGCUGAACCUCUCCUGUCCCGGAGAAAGGUAGACAAGUUGUUGAAAGAGCGGCGGAAUCCCGUGGAGGAACUCAAUUCCCUAAAACAAUGCACCAACCCAAGGCAACCCGUUCAACUGAGUGUGGAAACGCCUCCAUGGCUCAGGGGCUCUUUCCUCCUUGUUGGACGCAAGAUCCAUGGCAACCUCCAGUUACCUCAGGGCUAUACUCUGGUUGAGGUCCCCAGGGAUGCCUCCGUGGAGAGUUACAUACGAAGCAUUGGCAAUGUCGGGGAUUCUAUUCUCAACCGGUUUGAAACGGAGGUAAUCGCAGCUUCGUACAGUGCCCCCAAAGCCUUGGUUGCCGUCGCUCAGGCGGUCUAUGCCUCAGUCACAUUGUAUCGAUCGCGAGGAGAUCAAAUUACGAGAUACGGCUAUGCGGCGUUCGGGCUCACGGUGGUUCCUUAUAUAGCCAUGUCACUAAUGAACCUCCUCAGCACCUUGGUUACUCCAGAGUACGCUGCGCUUUAUAUGAUAGGAUCUGGGAUUAUGGACGAAGCCAAGACACGCGGAGGCGUUUUUGAGAGUGUGGUUGGUCGACUUGUUGAUGAAGAGGUCACCAUCGAUCAGACCUUUCUCUUCUCUGGGUCGUUCAAGGAGCGCGACGAGGACCAUAAUUGCGAAGAUGAGGUUGGUGAUAACCACCGCGAGUCUCGUAAAAUGUUUGAGCUUAGCUUGGCCUCUGAGCAGGUCCACAAUCCUGCAUCUGUGGAAAAACCUGCAAGCGAAGAGCCAGCUGGUGCAAAAGAGCCAGAACAAAAGACGGGUGCCGUGGCAGAAACGUCGUGGUCAGCGCCCGUAACAUCAAUGACCCAGCAAAGGGGUUCCACGAUUUGGGCAUUCACUAGGACCACUCAGUCUCAACUCGAUCCUAUGGUCACUGCCAGCAGCCGCCUGCCGAGAGAUGAACCUUGUAUCGUGGUCCCGGCUUGCUACAACUUCAAAAGGAAAAUCACCAAAUAUUCUCGGCUAGAUUGCCAUUAUCCCCAUACAGUCACGCCUGGACCACUGCAGGUCAUAUUUGACAUGAUCGUGCGUCGCAGAAACCCGGAUUCAUGGGCGGCCACCUUCACCCUCAGCGCCAUCUGGAUCGCCAUCAUAGGUGGAAUGUCUCAUUUUAAGCCCGGCUCCAGUACCCUCGCUCAGAGGGCGUGGAUUAUGACCUGGAUGGUCUAUGGAAUCUUUGUUGGGGGCAUGUGGAGACCCAAGGUCUCCGUGCUGACUGAGCUCUGGAGGCAAACACUGAUGGCGCGUCGCGAGAGAAUUCGACUAGGCUUCCGAUUCUACGGCAAUUUCUUUGGGGUACAUAUAGCUCUGCUGUAUGUCUGCCUUUAUUCGACCCCUGCAGUUGGGGGCUUCGUGGUUGUCGCCAAAAUGAUCUGGGAGUAUGGCAACUGCCAACGAAUUUGA